AUGGCAACAGAAGGAAAAGUUAGUAAAGUCUUGAAGUAUGUGCUUUUUGCCUUCAACCUGUUGUACUGGGUAAGUCGAGGAAAUGGUACCGAAUGUUUACAAUGUAUAAGCUUAUUUUGGAGGUAGAUGGCUAACGUAAUUUAGCUGCAAUUCAAUUGAAAUUUUCCCGUUUUCCUCACAUACGAAAUUGUCAACAGUUUUCUUCCUCAAGGUUCCUUGAAGCUAUCGAGAAGAAAUGAAAAUGUUUCAGUUGCGUUUAUCUCUUGAAGAAACCAUUUCAAUGUCUGUAAUCGGAUUUGCGGGGUCGAAACAAUUAUUUACUAGGCACCUCAAAUUCAAACCUCACUCGAGCUUCAAAAUAAAAAAAAAUAAUUCCUUCUUAUCAAAUUUUUCCUUUGCUAUCAUCAGGUGUUUUGUGUUUUAUGUUCACACCAGGCGAAUGAUAAACUUGUGAGCUUGCAUGUUCAUUGUUAUUUAGAUGAUAAUACCUUGUUACAUGUUUUGUGGUUUUGGGAAGCAGAUUUGAUUCCCAUGUUAAUAUUCUACUUGUGUGAGCUUAUUAUUCUUUCUUCGGUCUGUUUUACUUUAAAUAAGCUCUUAACAAACUCGUGCUACCCGAGAUUAGCUGACCUCUUACUUUACAUUCUGUAGAAGUUUUCAGAUCUCAAUCUACUUCUAUGGUUUGAUUUUAGCAUCAUGUUUAGACCUGUGGCAUAUUAUGUUCAAUAUUGAGGACAAUACACUCUAUGUCAAGUUCUAUAAAUGGCUUUCACAUUUCCUGUUCACCUAACUUCUGGGUUAUUUUGGAUCAUUUUGGGCCAAUGAAACUGUAAGAGGGCAGGCUCUCCUUGGCAUUUCUUGGAGGAAAGAAAAUUUAAAAUGCUUUUUAUUAAUACUUUCCUCUUGUAUAAAUUAUUGUACUGUAGUGCCAUCUCUGUUGAUUGAUAAUGGUAUUACAGUGAGAUACAGUUUAUGAAGACUGUGUUAGAACUCAAUUUAUAAAAUAACUAAGAUAGUACCUGCGUUUUCUAUUGCUUAAACACAAACCUCAUGUCAAAUAUAUUUUGGUCUCUUGGCAAUUUUUUAUUAUGGGUUUCCAAUGACCCUUUAAAUCUCAAAAGUAACCAACAUUAAUUUUCUCCUAAGAAUAUCAAUACAUAAAAAACACUCAAAAAAAGCCCCAUCUAGUGUGCAGGACAAAACUAUUUCCUUGCAGGGCAAGUAACUUUUAAAUUUAAAGCUCACUUGGCCAAUGAGCAAGGAUCUAGGCAUGUCAUCCUCUAAUAAAAUCAUUAACUAAGAUGAUCAAGAAGUGGCCUUUGGCAAGCGAAAUGUGAGAGCUGCUUGCCCAAAGGACAAGCUGGAAUUCAAGGUUUUUUUUUUUUUCAAGCCCUGGUAAAAAAUAAGGAUAGCACAGCGUGCAAAGAAUUUAGUGUCUGAUUGCCCGGGGUUAGUGGAUUUUGUUUUGGGGCUAGUGAAUUCUGUUCUUAACUUGCCCAACAGGCAAGUGAUUUUUUUGGACAGACUCAAGUAAAAGAAGAACUGUGAAAUCAAUUCUGCUCUUCAAAAAACCUUUGAGGCUAGUUGAAAUGACGUCUGGGCUAGUAAAUGCUAGCUUCAGCUUGUCCAAAUGGCAAGUUGUAAAAGAAAAUGAUUUUCUUUGCACCCUGUAGCAUGAGAAUUAAUGAAAUGAUCACGUAAGAAAAAAUGUUACAUCUUGUAACAAAUUCUCUCAACUAUUUUUUUAAGGAAAUGUAUGGAGAUAAGUCUGGAGAAAUUGUAUGUGGAUUUUGAGGCUAAGAGUACAUGAUGCACAUGUUAUUCACUAAGUUAAAAGUAAAAUUUUUUGUCUUUCCUUCUGUGAACCUUAGGGCAUUGGUGGUGUCAUGAUGGGAGUUGGUCUGUGGGCAGUCACUCAAAAGAGUGAAUACAACGAGUUCUCCAGCAUCUCAACAGACCCUGCAGCAGUGAUGAUUGCUGUUGGGGCUUUUAUCUUCAUUAUUUCAUUUUUUGGAACAGUGGGUGCUCUCAGGGAGAAUAUCUGUUUUCUUAAAACUGUAAGUAUAGGGAAACUUUUCUUAAAACAACCAAACAGGUACAAGAUUGUGUUUCAAAUUAAGUUUGUUGCCACUGGUCCCCUGGUCCGGAGAGACAUCUGCACUUCAGUGACAGAAAUGUCCAUACUGAUGACGUAAAUCAAUGUUUACAUAAUAAGUACGGUAGUCUUGGGAUUCCAAAUGUACUUGUAAAUUUGUUAGACUUUAGGUUUCUCACGGUCAGUUUUGGUAAAGUUUUGUGUUCUGCGAACGAGCUCCAGCAAAACUCAUGCUUCUUCUAAAGAAGAACAGCAUUCACCAUGAAUAGUGACUGUUUUUUAUUUAGAUUCAUCUUGCUUACAUUUCAUCUUUGUGGCCUCUUGUUUUUUUGUCUGUCAUUUAUAAACAAUUGCUAGACAAGAUAACCACUACGUCAACUAAUCAGAGCUCCUGACCAGAUUCCAGACAGAUAUUAGAUCAUCAGUGUGAAAUUUCUGUCACUGAGGCACAGAUGUCUCUCCUAUGAAACACCCAUACUGGCAAAAAGCAAGGAGAGAUAGCUGUUUUCGCAGGCUAUUUUGAGCCCUGUGUUCACAUUAGCGUCAGCUUAGGAUCCCUCCCAAAGUUGUGUGGAACAAGUCUUUUAAUUUACAUGCAAAUUACUAGAGAUCAAUCAGUAAGUUUAUGAGGCAAGUAUAUAAAAAAUCUACCACCACCAUGUUAACAGCAAUUUUUAUUGUUUUCUCGGGUCCUGUUUCUUUUCUUAAAAGCUUCAAUUCAUGUAUUAUCACGACCCAUCCUUGAUCGUUCAAUACUGAGUAAUUUUUGAUCUGGAGACUGAGAUUGACUUUCACAAGCAUAAAACUUGUCCACAAUGUGAACUAAUCAGUGUGCAAAGAAAGACGUGUCCAAUAGCCCAGGGCUAGUGGAUUUUGCUAGAUCGGGCUAGUGAUUUUUGUUCUUAACUUGCCCAAUGUGCAAGUGCUGUUUUUUUCGGCAAAUUCAAAUGACAGAAGGAUUGUAAUCAAACCUGCUAAUCAAAAAGCGUUUAAGGGUUUUGGGGCUAGUUGAAAUGACUUGUGGGCGAGUGCAUGCCAACUACAGCUUGCCCGAAUGGCAGGCUGUAAAACUGACUUUCUUUGCACCCUGACAAUGUCAUUAACUCUGACAUAUUUUACUUUCCAGUAUAUGAUUGUGAUGAUCAUUAUAGUCAUUUUGGAAGUCAUUGCAGGACUACUUGCUUUUGCCUUUUGGCCCGAGGUAUUAAAAAGCAAUUAUAUUAUUAAAUAAGUUUACUACAAAAUGAUCCACAGGUUUAAAAAGAUUACAUGUAGUUGUGCAAUGUUGAUUACCUCUUGUAAUAAAGAAGUGUAUUGAUUUUCAGUGUACAUGCCAGCAGAUUCAAGGCUCAGUUACAGCUGAUGAUCACAUUCUAUUUUCAUUACAUAAAUAUAAGGAUAUUCUCGCAUGUUAGGAAGUCAAUAUAAUUAUAUUUGCAUAGUAUUCUAUGAACACUUUGUGCACUUUUGUAGAAACUUCACUGGUUUAAAUAUACUGUUUGUCAGAAAACAUGGUGUCAGGGGGAGGAUAAAAGUAACUCUGAUUUACAUCAAACUACACUGUCAACCAGUUUCUAAUGAUUAUUGGACUGAUUAUAUUUUUCCAUGCAUAACUUAAUAUAUCCUUUGCUUGUCAGGUUCAAAAGUCUGUUGACAGUCAGUUUAAAAAGGCCAUUGAACAGUACAGGGACAACAUUGAUCUGCAAAAUGCAAUUGACUCUGUUCAAGAGAGUGUAAGUUAUGAGGCAAAGCUGUCUUAAUAAUAUUUACAUUGUAGGACGUCUCAGCCUUUGGCUCGGCUGAAUAACACUUUAUAUCUUGACCUUGGUUAUUCCAGAGAAUUAUCCCAAAAAUUUCAUACAAGAAUGGCUUACAAUUUGUUUUAGCAGCCUACAGAAGAGCAUUCAAUUUAUUGAUUGCCAAAUGACAUGAAAAAUACUAUAUCAAAGAAACACAAAAAAUAAUUACCUUUAGCCCACAUGUCAACCAGUUUUUAAAAAAAUAGUAAUACUCUGGGCAGUGCAUGCAUUACAGUUACAUGUAAUAUGUGGCCCUGGUCAGCCCGAUGCCCGAUUCUGACACCACUGACAAUCAAUUGACCUUAUUACAGUCAUAAUGGAUGGCAUAAUUUUUACAAAGUUAGAACACCAGUAUUGUCUGCACAGGUUCACCAUAUAAUACUGAUAGAGAUAAUAAUAAUAAUUCAUUUAAGGUACAGCUAUUUUUCAUCUGAAGUUUGUUACUCCCUGUAAGGUUCUGAACUGAAUUGACAAGUUAUAUACAGGAAUAGAAUAUGGGGCUCUCAGUAAGAUUUCAAGUUGCCAUGUGUGUUGCAAUAAGUAGUCAGAGAACUGAAAACCAAAAAGUUCUUUUCAGUCUAUUUUUAUUUGUUUCAUUUGAAAGUAGCCAGGAAUCAAGCUCACUAGUUGACAGGUCUGUAAUUAUACAUUGAGGUCUCCUCGCCUAACAACUUGCUGUAUCCUUUCUAACACAAAGGCUAAUAAAUGAUGAUGAUAAUGAUUUGCCAUUCAUUUUACAGUUCCAGUGCUGUGGUAGCUCAGAUCUCAAUGACUGGGAUAUUAACCGGUAUUUCAAGUGUGGUGGACCUUCCCCAGAGGAGUGUGGUGUUCCAUAUUCUUGCUGUGUGCGUGAACCAGACGAGGUAAUACUGUUACAGAUGAAGCAAACUAGCCAGCCCUGAUGUCACAGCCCCUUUAAGUGUUAAACAUGCUCAUGGAAGUAUUUUUUAUGAGCAAUGAUCGAGUGUGUUGAUGAUGUGGAAAAAUUGCCAGUGAAUUGUUAAAUAGCAGUAUAGUCUGUGUGAGCCUAACCAUUAGUUACUAUAUUUACAUGUAUUUUUCAUGAUGGCAAGUUUUUAAUUCUGUACACUCUGUUAAACUAUUAAUUUUAUAGAGACCUAACAUACAAUGCGGCUGGCAUGUCAGAGAAGAACAUGUGAGUAUUUUUUCCAUUCUUUGUAAGCGUAUGUGUAAAGUACAUGUGCGGUAGAUGCUUCCAUGGUUUUUCAACUCUUUUUUCAAAGAGCAGUAAGCUAAUAUUCAUCGACAAUGCUGGAAAGAAAGCCUCAAAAUGCCUGAUAAGUUAACUUAUCAAGUUUAAAGGUGAUUCGUUCAAAGAGAGCAAACAUGGUGCUCCACAGAGUUGCCAAGUCUUACAGACGUUUGUACAUGUAUGGUAGGGAGCACAAACUUGCCACCACCAGAAAAACGUCUGUAAAAUUCUGUGAAUGUGAGGAGCUAUAUCUUUGUUAGUUUUUAACAAAAAUCACUUUCAAACUUGGCAACUUUACUGAUUUCAAGGGGUUCCUUCUGUCAGUGUUGAUUGAUUUUCACUAACUUGUCUCAGUCAAACAUUGAAGAAACCGCAGAAGGGUCUACUCCCAGUAGCAGCUCUCCUAACCCUAAAAACCAACUGGUUUGCUACCGUAACCGUACGUUAAUGGCAAUAAUGACAAGACAUCUUACAAGCAGCUGCUACAGAACCCUCUAUUCCAAGGCUUGUACAAAUGCAGUACAGCAGUGUAUGUCGUAAUCGACCAGAUUAUGCUGUUAAACCUCAACAUGCUAUUUAACAAUUAUUCCUCGAGCCUGAAUGGGCUCUGAGUCAAUAGCUAUUGACUCAGAGGCCAUGAGGGCGAGAGGAAUAAUUGUUUUUGUAAAAUCCAACUAGUUUGUCAAAAAUAUCGAAACAAAACAACUUUAGCUAGCUAAAGCUACACUUUAAUCUUUUUAGCCCACCAAAUUGCUGGUGCUUUUCACUACUAGUGGGCUAUAACAUAUAGCCCAGUAGUAGCUCAACCAAUCAGAACACAGCAUUGAUAAUAGACCACUAGUUGGAUUUUACUAAUUAACAAUUAUUCCUCGAGUCCGAAUGGGCUCUGAGUCAAUAGCUAUUGACUCAGAGGCCAUGGCUGAGGGCGAGAGGUAUAAUUCUUUUAGUAAAAUGCAACUAGUUGGUCAAAAAUAUCGAGACAAGACAACUUUAGCUAGCUAAAGCUACACCACGGCCCUUUUCGUUACAAGUGGGCUAUAACAUAUAGCCUAGUAGUAGCUGACCAAUCAGAACGCAGCAUUGAUAAUAGACCACUAGUUGGAUUUACUAAUACCUAUUGGACAUGCAAGUGACCUCUCAUCCAAAAGAGUCAACAAACCCCCGGAUUACGAAUUGCAGACAGUUUGCUUUGUCCCUGGGAAAAGAAAGCCCUUACAUUUUCUCUAAAAUUUGGACAACUAAAACGGACACCCCGUUAAUACAGACACUUUCUAUGGCCCCCUCAGUAUCCGUAUUAACGGGGUCUGACUGUGCCAACAUCAUUCAUCUCAAUCAAGCCGUACUUUUUCAGCAAACAUUUUUUAACAGUGUUUUUGUUUUCUUUUUUUUUGCUAUAGCGGCUGGCACUAAAGGGUAGGAUCUACAUUACUGGCUGCCUAGAUGCUGUUUGGGACUGGUUCAGAAACCAUCUUAUCGUUGUGGCUGCAGUUGCUGUAGCUUUUGCCUUCCCCGAGGUAAGUCAUCUCAGACGAGAACGAAAGCAGCAGUUCUGGUCUAAAAUAGAGUGGGAAAGCUCAUUUUUGGUCUGUAGAACAGGUUCAUUUGUCUUCCGUAGCUGCGAUGGAGCCCAGAGAACAUUGGGACAAGAAAAUCGUGUGUUGUAAAAGCCCACUGCGAUGAUCACACCCUAACCCCCCCUCCCCCCCCCCUUGGGGUCUGAAAAAUCAGGCGUGUUACCACUGCGAUGAUCACACCCGAAACCCCUUCCCCACCCCCUCCCCCUUACUUGCGAUGAUCACACCGUAACCCCUCCCCCUUGGGGCAAGUUACAUUCCGAAGUGCAAAAUCUCGCUGUCAUGAUCUCACCUCCCCCGUCCACCUCUCACUGUUAUCUCAACAGCUAGUCGGGCAGUCAUCAAGGGAAGUAUUCAGUAUUGUUGCGCAAGCAUGCGCAGCAGGUUAAGUGCGAGCGAACUACGUAGUUCGCUGUCGUCUGAGUCCUGGAAAGCUUCAACUCGACAGACUGAAAAGGGACUGCUAGGAGUUUUGAAGUAUUUUAGGCCUAGACCAAAUGUCAAUGUCAAACCUUUCAUAAGACGAACCAAACUUAUUGAGUUAAGUUCAUGAAAAGUUCGGCGUAUGGCGCAGUUAAAUUCGUGUGAAUGAGUUUGGAUCGUCCAAUACGUUCUAUCUAUCCGUCUGCUUCAGACGUAUAGAACGUUUGAAGAUCGCCUCCGCGGAAAACGUCGAUCUUCACUUGCGUCGAACUAAACUAAUAGAUUAAAGAUUUUUAUGAUAAUGUAUCUUUGGCCGCGUUCGCGAGAAAAUUUACUGAAAAUUGCUUUUUUGUCUGAUUCAGUUGAUUGGUUCGACGCGCCUAAGUAAGACAUCUGACCCAGCAGACCUUCUUAACUUAAUUUAGGUCGAUGACCCAAAUUAGAGUUUGGUUCGUCUCAUGAAAACUUCGACGUUUGGUCUGGGCCCUAAGUUCUCGUGUCAUUUCCAUCCACAUUUGAUAAUCAACCCUUUUCUUCUACUCCUCAUGCACAGGUUGCUGGAAUUGUCAUGACUCAUUUGUUCAUAAAUCAGAUUAAGGAACAGAUUGAACUGUGGAAUAAACCGCCCACUUACAAAUACCGACCAAGUCAGGAUGUGAAUGGACGAAGUGGCCCAUUUCUUUAGCCUUCUAUUUUGAUGUUGAAGCGGUAAUAGAGUAUCUUUCCGGCUACUACAAAGUUGAAUGCGUGCACGUGACUUGGGUAGUUUUCUCUAUGGUUUGGAUUUUGUUGUUGGUUUGUUCUUGUCUUCAAAUUUUUGGAAUAACUGUUGCGGUAAAGAUUGUGUAUAUGUACGAAUGCCGUUGUAAUACCUCAUACACUCCUUCGUGCAAUCUCUAUCUUAGUCUUUGAUGCCUAUCUGCGUUUAGCCUGCGUAGCUGGCGGGAUCAGACUACCGUAACUGAAGGCUUUGUGGCGGCCGAGUCAUUCUCUUAUCCCCAUUCCUCACGCCCCUUCACUGCUUAAACAAAAACGAGAAAAGUACCCAUGGGACAAAGUAGUCGCGCGUGAUUAAUGCACAAGCUUGCAGGAAAGAACAGGGAAGGUUACUCUAUUCAAUACCGUGCUUCACUUAAGUAUAGGCUAUCACACUCCUUACUUGCCAUUGCCUCGCUAAAAAGGAAACUUUCAGCCAUUUACUGCUCUGUAGUAGUGUGGGUGGCAUGGGUGCCGAGUUGUGAGAACGUGUUGGCUUAAUAGCCCAUGAUCUUUUAAAAUUUGUUAUGUCUUUUUUACAAAGGAUGUAGUAUAUUUCCAUCUAGUUUAAUUCGUUUUUUGUUACAGAAGUCAGCUAACGCACAGUGUGCUUUCGGCAUUUGUGUAAGCCCAUUUAUCCGUAAUUGAUCAGUAUAACUGUUUAAUCUUCAUUGCUUUUGAGCAGGUAGGAUUAGACGUUUAAAACCGAAAGGGAUGAGCCUAUAUCCCAAGGUAUAUUUUUAAGUCAUAAGUAUUUUCUAUAAGAACGAGAAUUCCAACUCAAACUCUAAGCAUGGUCUCAUGAGAGAUGCUACAACUAUUUUAGUUUGUCUAGAUCGAAUAACAUUUCUCUCACCGUGACCUCGUCACUACUUGUAUCUUGAAGAGGUCAUCGGCAUAGAUAGAACCAAGCAACUACGACGGCAGUGAAAAAUGUCGCCACAUAAAAAGUGAAUUCGUGCUGUUUGAAACUUAGUCUCUAUGUUCCGCCUUGUCCAUUUGUGAAGUGGUUGCAAAAUAAUCUGGCGUUGAAUUCUUGAGGACCAUACCCAAGUCGAGAAAAAGAAAAAAACGUGAAAUUCGCACUAGAAAGAUUUUUUUUUUUCGCUCAUUGCGUUUUUGACGUUCUCGUUACCGUCGCCGUCGUGGUUGCGUGGUUUUUAGACUGAACGCAUGCGUAUUUUGAACGACCCCAUUUAUCAGAAUGACCGAUUGCAGGCACGAAUUUUUAAAAUAAUGUCGCUUUUAAUAAGAACAUACUGUGUAAGUUUACUAUUUAAGAAGGUGUAAGAAUUUUUGUGGUUAUGAACAUUCGCAAAUAACAGGAAUAAAAUAGGGAUAACAAGUAAGGCACUGUCAAGAUUCGUAGAUGUAAAAAUUCAACAGCGAAAAUAUUAAUUAAAGCUUCUUCACAGAUAGCAAGGGUGAACCAAGGAUAGUCCCACUUAACAGAAUUUCUGACAGGAAACUUAAAACACACUGACUGCAUACUGCAUGCACAGGACGAAUAGCCCAGUGUCGUGGCGUUCUCUCUUGCCCCGUUGUCUAGGCAAAUUUUGGGAAGGGGUGGGUGAGCCGUUUUCGAUCGGUGACGUGAGCUCUCCUAGUAGGGUCCGGGUUUGACCAAGUUAAGGACGCCUGGGGACCUGGCUUUUGUCAACCCUGUUUCAACCUGCAUUACUGAAACAGAUUGUUUUCAGAGAAAGGGCUUUUUGGCCUUUUUCAUGUACUUUUAAUGGUGGACAAUUCUGGCUAGCCUAUUACCUGAGAAACUAGGAUCUUGUGUCCUAAGGGAUCGGAGUGUCGACCAACG